AUGCCGGGCUUUCCAGCUCAGCAACAGGCACAGGCUCGAAAUGCAACGCUAGCUUCAAGUCGAAUCCCCAAUGGUAAGAUUGGGACAAGUGGCAACUGGAACUUCGGUGGUCUCCCCAUGGGGGCAGCUCCAGGACUGCAAAAUCACCAGCAGCGAAACAUCGGGUCGAUGGGAACGUUUGCUCAGAGCCUCAGUGGAUCUCAGCCUGCAACACCGUUGGAUCUUUCCGUACCAAGGGAAUUCCCUUCGUUAUCCGGAGCGCCGCAGCAGAAUCAGUCUCAAAACUCAGCGCAAGCAGUGUGGGCGAAUGCUGGACAGCGAGCCACGCAGACACCGGUGCAACGGCAGCCGCCUCCUCCAUCGAGCCAACCGCCGUCGCGAACCUCUCAAACGCAAAGCCACUACACGCAGCAACAAGCGUCUCAGGACGACCUGUUCCCCUCGGGCGCGCAGUUCGCCAACCGGCUGGACGAUUUCCGGAACAACGGACAGGGACAACUGGGCGCGGGCGGACAACCGCAGACUGGAAACAUCGAAGAAUUCCCGCCGCUGGGACGCAACACGGCCGAUUUGCCUCCAGGCGGGCUGCCCGCGCGCAUGAACGACAUCGGGCAGGAGCGACGGACUGGCUUCGGCAGCUACGGGCCUGGCUUGGCGUUCUCCGCGCAGACGCAAUCCGCCCAAGCCCGCAACAUCCUCACCGCAACGCUGAAUGGCCCCGAGAGCAGUCGCGUCAUGUCGCCAGGAACAGCAACAGGGGCAGCUGGCUCCGGUGCUCCCGGCAUGCCGACCUCGAGAUCUCCGCAAGGGCCGAACGGCGUCGCAACCCAGGAAAAAGAGGUACGGCGGCCCUCCAUAUACCCAGCCAUCAAGCAGAAUAAAUACACUGACGACUAUUCUGUUUGGCAAUUGCAGCAACGACAACCCCAGGGAGAAGCACAAGAAUCCUCGGCCUCCGGCCAGAGUGCGGAGCAGCCACCGUUAUCGCAGAUGAGCGAACUCGACAGGUUCGGUCUCGCAGGCUUGCUCAGGAUGAUCCAUAGCGAAAGUCCUGAUGUCGCAAGUCUGGCCGUUGGACAGGAUCUCAUGACGUUGGGAUUAGAUCUCAACCAACCCGAGCCUCUGCAUCAUUCGUUUGCCUCGCCUUUUGUUUCCUCCAUGUCUGCGCUCCCACUCGAACAGGACUUCACCAUUCCCGGUUGCUAUAAUGUCGGAAACGUACAACCCUUGCAAACCCGCAUCACGAGCUUUAGCGACGAGACUCUAUUCUACAUUUUCUACAGCAUGCCGCGUGAUGUGCUGCAAGAACUGGUGGCCGAGGAACUCAUGGGCCGCAAAUGGAGAUAUCACAAAGUCGAGCGCUGCUGGCUGACGAGAGACGAGACGUAUCCAGGCCCUGUCGACGUUGAGCGCGGUGUCAGCGAGCGUGGUGUUUAUCUGUGGUGGGACCCUGCAACGUGGAAGAAGAUUCGCCGCGAAUUCAUUCUCCGCUACGAAGACCUUGACAACAGGCUGGAUCCUGCGCGGGGCAUGCAACGUGUCGGAUUUCCACCUCAAGCGUCGUAG